AUGUAGAAUGUAUUGUAAAUUAUUUGGAAAUUAAUAUAAUUGUAUUGUGUGUAAACAUCAUGUUUUCUCGAUCCAGACUUCUGUUUACUAGGGCGCUUUCAUUACGAAAUAUUUCCAAGCCGGAAUUCCAAAAUGAAGCUCGUAUUCUGUACAACGUUACUGCAACCAGAGGCCGAUCUACUACUCCACUAAAUACUAUCGUUAUGUUUGUCCCACAGCAAGAGGCAUGGAUUGUAGAACGUAUGGGUAAAUUUCACAGAAUAUUGGAACCAGGGUUGAAUCUACUGUGGCCAAUAGUAGACAAGAUAAAAUAUGUGCAAAGUCUUAAAGAAAUAGCGAUAGAUGUUCCUAAGCAGAGUGCAAUUACAUCGGACAAUGUGACGUUGAGUAUCGAUGGAGUAUUAUACCUUCGCAUCAUAGAUCCAUAUUUAGCAUCAUAUGGGGUGGAAGAUCCUGAAUUUGCUAUUACACAGCUGGCUCAAACAACUAUGAGAUCAGAACUAGGUCAGAUAUCACUGGACAAAGUGUUCAGGGAGAGAGAAUCCUUGAACGUGUCCAUUGUGCAUGCCAUCAAUAAAGCCAGUGAAGCUUGGGGCAUAACUUGUCUCCGAUAUGAAAUUCGUGACAUCAAGCUGCCGUCGCGCGUUCACGAGGCCAUGCAGAUGCAGGUGGAGGCGGAGCGGCGGAAGCGCGCCGCCAUCUUGGAAUCCGAGGGCGUGCGCGCGGCUGACAUCAACGUCGCUGAGGGCAAGCGCCAGGCCCGCAUAUUGGCGUCAGAGGCUGAAAAGCAGGAGCAGAUCAACAAGGCGUCGGGAGAGGCGCAGGCCAUGCUCGCCGUAGCGGAGGCGCGCGCGCGCGGCUUGAGGCUCGUCGGCGGUGCGCUUGCGCAGAAGGACAGCAAGCAUGCAGCGUCGCUGACACUGGCUGAACAGUACGUGGCGGCGUUCAACAAGCUCGCCAGAACCAACAACACGCUCAUACUACCCGCCAAUGCGGGCGACGUGUCCAACCUUGUCGCUCAGGCCAUGUCAAUAUAUUCAACGGUGACGGCGCACAAUACACAAAACACCCAAACCCAGGAAAUCUCAGAGGAUUACAAUGACCCCCUAGUCAAACUGACCGCGCUCACAGAAAAAGGCUCCACUAUGGCCGGUCCAGCCAUCCCGCGCGAAGAAGACAGCCUCGCAGAAUACUUCUCAGAUGAUGAGGAAAGAGAAAAGGCCCUCCAAGCCCAGAAAGAGAAAAAAGAUCAGAAUUUACAUAAGUUAGAAAGAGAUUAGAGCUGUUAAGUAGUGCUUGUUGUUAAAUAAAAGAAAUAAAUUAACUUGAAACAUA